UGUACUCGUAUAAGCAAAUCUAAAGGGGCCUACUAAGGUGGGGUUGACACCUCUUCGCGGGAAAACAAACAUAUUUUUUCUCCAUUCCAUUUUAUCAAAUUUACGUUUCAAAAUCCUUGAUUUACUCAACAUUGUUUUUUUUUUGUUUUUUAUAAACAAAAGUAAGUAGGAAUGGGAGUGGCAUAGGAUGAGUAGGUUUGUUAAUUUGUUUUUUUUUUCUUUAAAUUCUUUUUGGUGCAGAAAAAAAAAACCAAAAAGUAGGUUUUUAUUUUGUACUUUACCCCCAUAACAUAAAACCCUAGUAAGGAAAACCAAUAGUAAAUUAGUAUUAGUAAUCUAAACAAGAAAAUGAAAAAACAAAAUUCGGAAAAGCACUUGGUAUUAACAGCAUUGCAAUAACAGUAAAUGCUUAGACAUUGAACUGUGAUUGGCUGACUGCAUAAUUUGGAGCCUAAAAAAAGCACUUAUCAAGUAAAGCACUUGAUUUUGUUGAAGCUUUUACUAAAAUGAGCAAAGAAAUCGUCAAGAACAAAAACGACAGCGAAGCCUAGAAGCCUCAUACCAUCCCCACCCUAUCCCAAUCCAAUUCACAAGCAACCCGAUCCAAGCAAGGGAAGUGAAAAAUCAAAAUUGGUGGGUCCUGAACGGACCUCAAACUCCAGACUUAAAUUUAGUUAAUUGACAGAAUUAUUAUAGUAGAGAUACGUUAAGGUGGGCAACAUAAAACAACUAAAUUUCAAAAAAUUAUUUUUUUAUUUUAUAUUUUAAAAUAAGUCCGAGACUUCCGUGAGGGAUUUUAAAGGCUCCGCCAGUGCCCGCGCCUAUCGGCAUCUUCCAUUUUAAAAUUGAAUGCCAAAUCCUAUCUGUGUCUCUCUCUCCAUUAUAUAUAACCUUCCCACAAUUCAACUCUCCUACUCAUUCUUCAACUUCAACAUCUAAGGAAAGAAAAUACCAUUUGCAUUUGCACCCACCUAACCUUUUUCUCUCUUGGUCCCCCUAAAAUUUGAUAAUCUUCUCUCUCUCUUUCUUUCUUUUUCUCAUCACCGACCCACCACCACCAUUCCAACUUUUCUCUCUCCCUAUCUUUUUCUCAUCUCCCAAACAACCAUUUUUCUCUCUCUCUAGAAAAUAUUAACUAAUAUUUGCCUAUUGCCUACUAUAUAUACCUCCUCUCACCACAUCACUUAAUAAUAUACUUGCCCACCACCUUUUUCUCUCGUUGCUUUGACAACUCUCAAUCUCUCUAUAUACCUUUUUUCUCUUUGGUGUCUCUCUCUCCUGAAACACAAUCCUAGAUUUGGGUUUUCUUUGUCCCCUCUGGAACCUAACCAAACCAAACCCACUCUUCAUUUUUCUCAUUGGUUCACAAUGGAUAACAGCAUCAACCACAAUAGGAAACGACCCCGAUAUGACUCGGACCACCCAGAAACAAAUCAUACCCAACCCGAGUCCAAACUCGUCCGAGUCAACUCGAGUCACUCAGUUACCUGCUCGCCCGAGUCCGGUUCCACCGUGUUCGACUCGACCAACUCGGAGGUGAACUCGGACGAGUCGUUGACUCCUCAGCCUGUCCGGGUCGACUCGGACGAGUUGGUUAUGGAGUCGGAGGAGGUUAAGCUGAUCCAAGACGACCUCCUCAACAUCCUGGACGAUUCGGACACCGUUACCGACCGUGACCCGGCGAUCCAGGACCUUGACUCGGUGAUUAAAAGCUUCGAGGAAGAGAUACAGGUUCCGGCAUUUCCCGUGUCCGAAACGACGUCGUCUCCAGGCGGGUCGUCGCAGCCGGAAUUAGGUUACCUUCUAGAGGCUUCCGACGACGAACUCGGCCUCCCUCCGACCAAUGGAGGAAGCGAGGACGGAAAGUUGGAGGCCGCUGAUUUUACGUCGAGUGGUUCGGAGGCAGUUGGAUUGGACGGGAUGCUAGGGUUUGAGAACGACAUCAUUCCGAAUUACGACUCGUUUGAGUUGGGAAUUGGUGGCGACUGUAACUUGAACAACAAUUAUAAUGGCGGGGCGGAGUACGUGGCAUUAGGUGGGUUGUUUGAUUACUCGGAUGGCGGCGUUUCGGAUGUUUCGUGGCGAAACGAAUCGCUCUCUGCUCUGUAGGAACGUUUCGGCGGCAAGGCGGUUUGGGGGGUGUUUUGUUUACAACCCCGGACCGCUUUGUACCAGGGUACAUGAUAGACGUGUAGUUGUUUAUAUGAUAGGUUGUAAACUUGACACAAAGUAAAAAGACAAGAACAUGGAAAAUUUUGAAUUUGAACCCAACAUCUUGUUAUUUGUUGCUUCUGCCCAAAAAAAAAAAAUUGUUUAUAUUUGUUGGUUGCUAAAUUGACUUUCGUUUUAAAUUUUUGGGUUUGGGGUUGGAUUCAAAAACAGAAAACGGGGGAAGGUGGGUAGAUCUUUUACUUUUCAAUUAAUAAUACAGAAAUUUCAAUGCUUCAAGCAGAUCACAUACCAACUGGGGAGUAAUUUGUUUUGGGUUUAUAUCAUCUCUCGUCAGUGGAUUUUGAACAAUAUGUAAUCUCUGAAUAUACAUUAUUCAAAUGAUUUAAUGUAUAUCUUUGCUUCUAUUUA